AUGGACUUCGGAGAUGUUGGCUUACUUAAACCCUCAAAGCGAAAAGUCAAUCACCAGAGUCCAGCACAGCUGGAGAUCUUGUUGAACAGAUCCUCCCUUUUACGAGAACGUAUGAGAACGCGAGUUUCAAGGGGCAAGCCUCUUCGAUUCUCUCCAUGGCCCUUUGUGAGAGUCGUUCGUCUUGAUAAUGGAAUUCUAGAGCAAGGUGUCAUCUUUGCAGACCUGCCAGUUUCACCCAUUGACAGACCUGAGAAGAGUGCUGCGUUCAAACGACAAUAUAGUGAGACAUAUCGAAGGAGGAGAAGUGGGAGUGUAGUUCUAGUGCUCACUCGAUCUGAUACCCUUAGUUCUGAAGCGAAAAAUACCUUUAAGCUCGAAGCACAGGAUGAGGAACGGUUGGAUCUUAUCGAGCAGAGCAUCUUGUCUUUCAAGAACAUGUCCGAGCUGAAGGGGAAGGAAAUAGAGAAGAGCAAGGCCUUGGGCAAGAAGCAGAAGACUUCGAGACUCCGAAGCAAAAGCAGAAGGUCAUGUAAGACACCAGUCCAACUAAAGCCGGUAGUAUGGAUCCUAACUCUUAGUUCGCAGGAACCGCGUGAGGGCGCUUAA